GGCUCGGUGCUAAGGGAUGAGUGAGACGUAGCUCGGCCUCUCCCCAGCAAGUUCUCACCGGCUCGGGUUCAGAUUCAGAAAGGGAGCCAGGAGCGAAGCUCACCAGACCCCGGCGGGCAGGACUCCGGGGCUGCGGAGCGCUCCCGCGUGUCGGGCUCUUGGAGUCACCACCAGCUAGAGAAGCAUCAAGAGUCUCGUUCGUCAGGAGUGCCAGUGGGCUCCAGAGUCUCUAGUCACUCAAGUUCAGCGCAGCGACCCUCACAGACGCUCUCUGCCCAAGGACCGCGGCGGAACAAGAUAAUUGAAAUCCUUGCGGUUACCAGCGACAGAAAUGGGCAGCAAAACCUUGCCAGCACCGGUGCCCAUCCACCCGUCCCUGCAGCUUACCAAUUACUCUUUCCUUCAGGCAGUGAAUGGCCUGCCCACAGUGCCCUCGGACCACCUGCCCAACCUGUAUGGUUUCAGCGCUCUUCAUGCGGUGCAUCUGCACCAAUGGACGCUGGGCUACCCAGCUAUGCACUUGCCUAGGUCCUCUUUUUCUAAAGUGCCAGGUGCGGUGUCCAGCCUUAUGGACGCUCGCUUCCAGCUGCCAGCCUUCCCCUGGUUUCCACACGUCAUUCACCCUAAGCCAGAGAUCACUGCAGGAGGGAGCAGCGCAGCGCUUAAAACUAAGCCGCGCUUUGAUUUCGCUAACCUGGCCUUGGCUGCCACACAAGAAGAUCCCACCAAGCUUGGCCGAGGGGAGGGCCCUGGCUCCCCUGCUGGUGGGCUGGGCGCCCUCCUGGACGUGACCAAGCUAUCCCCAGAAAAGAAGCCAACAAGGGGACGCCUGCCUUCCAAGACUAAGAAGGAAUUCGUCUGCAAAUUCUGUGGCCGCCACUUCACUAAGUCCUAUAACCUACUUAUCCACGAGCGGACGCACACCGAUGAACGGCCUUACACCUGUGACAUCUGCCACAAAGCUUUCCGGAGGCAAGACCACCUACGGGACCACAGAUAUAUUCACUCCAAAGAGAAGCCUUUCAAGUGUCAAGAGUGUGGGAAAGGAUUCUGCCAGUCCCGGACUCUCGCUGUCCACAAGACGCUACACUCACAAGUGAAGGAGCUCAAAACCUCCAAGAUCAAAUGCUAAAUAAACAGAGCCUGCGGGGCACCAGGAACCUGGGGCGUGCUGCUGCCUUCUCUACCAGAGGGACCCAAGCUGAAGGCAACUCUGGGGGCAGCGGGAGGGGCUUUCGGGAUCUUUCUUCCACAGCAACAAGGUCCCCUGGGUCCCUAGCGCUUGCAGCGCUCCUGAGCCUUGGCCCGGGGCCGUGACUCCCACAGCCUGGGCGGCUCCCCUAGGACGCGGCUAAAACUCUUGGCCAAAAGGCGGUACUCAACUCACAUGGCGGAAGGAAAACUGCAUUUAAAAGAAAAAAAGGCAAAAACAAACAAACAAACAAACAAAUACACAAAAAAACGAAAACUCCGCUGAGCCGCAGCGGCGCCUCUCACAGAAGUAUUACUUUUUCUAUUGUUAUUUUAUACGUUUUCUUUAUCCCCCUCCCUCCCCUGACCAUUUAUAAGCUUGUAAAGUCUUGACUGCGGAGAGGGGGAAAGAAAAGAUCUGCUCACCCUGGCAAUUCCAGUCCCCCUUCCUUUCUCUAGCCCCACACCGGGGAGCCUGCGAAAAUGUAAUCCUUGUAUCUGCUUCUGCCAUCCGGCCCCUGGGGCCGCUGGCUCCGCGCGACUCCCCGGCGCUCCGGCUGACCUUCAGCUCCGGGCGCGGAAACCGGGCUGAGAACCAGGCGCCCGGGGCUAGGGGGGCCGGGCCUCCGCUCCCCUGUUCCAACGCUGCGCGCGAGCGAGCAGCCGGCCAGGAGCCGGGCGUUGUAUUGCGACUGGCACUUUAUGCUGACCAUCGGUAACGGACAUUUAUCACUGGAUUUUUUUUUUUUUAACUAUUAAAUAAACGGUUAUUUUACAGGCACGUCAGAAUGGAUAUACCCUCUUGGGUCGCAAGGCAAAAGCUCUUUUAUUGAUAGAGGAACAGACUUCUCUGUUCAAUUUUCACCUGUCAGCUUCUCUCACCGAGUCCUGUUAGGGUGACAGAAGUGAUACGACAGAGGAAGCUCUGCCCCCCGUGGUGUUUGUUGAUCUCUGUACUUAAUUCCUUACUUUUCAUUGUCAGGACUCCCCAGAUCCGAAAAGCUAGGAGUUGCAGAGGACAGAGUCUGCUACUAUUAUACUAAGCUGUGAGAAAUCCCAGCCUCUCCGGGUGCGGGGGUCGUGUAGGGCCCACAAGGGAACAGAGUACCCCUCCCAGGCUCCAUCCACACCCUCACUUUCCCAGACCAGCCUGUUUUCUUCCCUUCCUUCUCCCUCUCUCUCUUUCUUUUUUUCUGUUGCUGUCGGGUUUUGUUUGUUUAUUUGCUUUGCUUUGGAGUGCGAUCUUCCUUCACAGGUUCUCUAAGCCAUACACCAUACAAGCUGGUUGUCCUCCUCUGUUCCUGCCCCUCAGCAGGCAUUCACAAUAUGCAAUCAUCUGUCUUCCCAUAGUUCCCCAAUUGACAUCAGUCUGUUUCCUUUGGGAACCCCUGAUCCCCAGUUCUUCUUUUGGAGCUUGUUCCCCAGCUGGAAUCUUGAAAAUUGAAAACCUUGUGAGGGAUGAAAGUGGAUGCUCCGGGAUCCACCUCCCCACCCCACCCCCAGGCUUAGAAAGAAAUACGAGUUCACCUCUGGCAAACCGAACCUACCCUUGGGCGUAUAGUUUUCCCACAAUUAGAGAUCUGGCUGUCCGGGCUCUCCCGUUUGGGGCGGGGCCGGGCUCCCCCAGACUGCAGGACCGCGCAGAUGGUGGCGCCCUUGGCCUUUUUCAAACCAAGUUUAGCUUUCCCGGACUUCAGCUCCUGACAUGGACGUAGAGGUGGGACCACUGGGUUGUGCUUCCCUGGAUCAACGACCCCAAAUCCAGCUUCAAACAGUGGCCUGCUGACUGAGAAACCAAGUUCAGGUUGCAGUAAUUAAAAUGCUCUCUUCUUUCAUGGCCUGUCUUGCCCCAACCUCUUCCUGGAAAUGAUACCAAGCCUGGUGGAGAUGAGCCCCAGGAACCCAAUUUAAAGCUGACCUAGGCAUGGCCUAGGGCAGAUGGGCUCCAUUUACAACGUUAGAGGCCGUGUUGCCCCCUGCUGGAUAGACCUGUAUAGUCCUCUCAAGACUGGGGAACUUGUAAGCUGUGUUUCCACAACUUAAAAACUUUUCCACAAC